UUCACAGCGACCGCAAGUGCAUUCAUUCAUUAUUGUGGCCAGAGGAGACAGUAAAAAUAUUUGCGAAAGGACAAUAGAAUGAAGGAAUAAUUUGUGGUGAACAAAGCAACGAGCAGCUGUGCGAUAUUAGAAACGAAAAAAAUACAGAUUUCGACUAUAACAACAGUAGUCGAGCAAAGCAUGCAAUAUUGGCUAGGGGAGCUAUCCAAAGUGGGAGUAAUCCACUGAAGGCGCCGACGACACAAAUUGCAAGGCAAAUCCAAGCGCUGCUUUAACUAAACAAUUGUUGUUGUGAGAUUGACUGACAGGCUGACUGGUGUUUGGCAUCAGCAGAAAAUACCAGAAGCAGCGUGAAAACAAAACGCACGCAGCUAUCAUCAGAAGUCAAUAGCCAGCGUAGACAAAAAGUAACAAAAAAGUCCAAACAGCAACGGAGCAGCAGUAGGAACAGUAAAAUUGUAGCAUACAUUCAGCUGCUGUCAAGCAGGAAGCUUUGCUAAUUAAUGCGAGAAAAGUGAAACUUGCGAAAUUUGCGCAAGUAGUGAGAAAUUAUUUAAAAUUUUUUUUUUUUUUUUAAUUUGCGCAAAAAUUAAAAAAAAAUUACUUCGAACUUAUAUAAAAACUGUUGUUGUGACAACGCUAGGCGGCAUGUCAUAAGCCAAAGAGCAACUGAAAGGCGUAACUGCAACAACAAUAACAGCGGCAAGCGUUUGAAGCACAGCAGCUGCGUCAACAGCAACCACUGCAGCAACAAAAACAGCAAACAACUCGAUUACAUAAAUAUUAAUUAGCAUAAAAGGGGAUAUCAGGGCGUUCGAAGUCAACGCAAAUGAGCACACAUAAACAAGCAAACACACCCAAAUGUACUGAAACGAGAAGUGAUUCGCAGUGACCAUGCGGACAAAUUGAUUGCACAACAACAAGAAAACUGGCAAAUAAAAGUAAAAUAAAAUAAAAUCGUAAUAAAAAUGGAAGUUUAAAAUAGCGAUUGUGCGAAAAGAAUAUGAAAAUUAUUAUUAAAUAAUAAAAAAACAAUUUCAAAAAAAUCCGCAAUAUUUUACAAAAAUUUAUUAAAAUAUUUAUAAAAAAUAUUUUACAAAAUAUAAAUUAUUCAAUAAUAAUUCAACUAUAUAAUAACAACAAUUUCGGCAAUUCGUUAGCUUUUAAAAACACAAAACAGAGCGGUAUUUGAACAGAAAAUAUUACAACAACCAAAGCCUAACCAGAAGCUUUCAGCAAAAUGGCACGUCAUAUCUGCACUCUCCUAACGUGCCGUCACUCCGUAGUCUUUACCGCUCUACUACUCGGCUUCCUACAGCUCACCGUAUUUGCCUCGCUAGCUUCUUCGUCUGUCGCUACGGUUGCACCUGCUCUCGCCUCCGCCACCGCCACAGGUGCCCAACUACCCAGUAGCAUUGCUCAAACCGAAGCUAAUACCAAUACCAUCGCAUCGUCGUCCGCGAAUGAACAUGGAAGCUCCACUACAACUUCGCCAGUUGCACCACUUGCGCCACUUAGUGGCUCUACUGUCGAGCCCGUGGCUGGCGCCGAAACGGCUCUAGAGUCCAUUAGCACCGCAUCACCGGCUACUUCAACAACAAGCACCACAACUACUAUGGCCACGACUACGUCCGAACACGACAUCAUCGGCUCACCGGGUCCGGACAAGCGCGAGCAGGAGGCCAUACUGAAAGCGUUGGAUUGGUUGAAGGAGAAACGAGCUGCAGAUUAUGGUUGGGGCAAUGACACACAUGUCGUUAUAUUGGCAAAGGAGUUGUCGGGUGCACGCGAUCCUUCCGAUACUGAUGGCCACUUGCAAGUUAUUCAAGAACUGGAAGACACAUUGUCCGUCAAGGAGAUGGAAAUCGAAAUUUUAGCUAUGCUCGAUCGUCAUCAUAUGCUGCCAAAACCGCUGAAUUUGGAGAAACUAGCGCGCUAUGUACUUGCACUUGGCUCACUCUGCAAGGAUCCGAAACAUUUCCAUGGUCAUGAUUUGGUUGCCACGCUUCAGCAUCAUGAACCGGCGCAAGAUAAUGAGUUCGCUUUGGCCACGCUGUCGGCGUGCAGCGCCGCUGCGCAUGUGCGCAAGCGUCAGAUACGCCGACUGCUGGACAUUGCGAGCGGCGUAACAGAUCAGGGUGUGGACACAAUUGCAAUGGUUAUAUUGGCGCUACGCUGCAUUGUGACCGAUCAUCGGCAUCGCCAUCUACAGCACUUUGUACGACGGCCUGCCAGAGGAUUGGCCAGUUUGCAGGAUCCACGCGGCAGCUUCGGUUCGCUACGCAGUACUGCCUUGGCUAUGCAGGCAUUACAAGAUCUUGAACAUGAUCCAGCUGGCUCGUGGAACCGCACUGCCGCUUCAAGGUGGAUAUUAAGUCGACAGCGCACAGACGGUGGCUGGACUGAGGAGCCAUUGCACGACGGUCAGGACCCCGGCAUCGGCGUCGGAUUGACAGCGGAUAUUAUACUGGCACUGGGCUGGAAAGGACUAGGUGCGGUGCGUGCACUCCAGUGCGAUCAUGUGAUACGCGAGAACAGUGAUCCCACCUCAGAAAAUGGCGAACCAAAACUAGCUGUGCCCUAUGGACUGACCUCAUCGGCCGAAGAAUCAGACUCGAAGAAUGUCUCCUACACAUACACACUUUGGGUGGGCUCAAAUGUGACGGAAUCGUUCUCCCUUUCGCUGGUUUCACCAAAGAACACUAGCUUCUUCAAGGCCAUGACACAGGCUGCCGAGAUGGACCAGAGAUUUGCUUUCGAGGCGCGCGAAUGGCCCAACGGACACUAUGUACAUACAUUAGCUGGAAAAAAGGAAGAGCCAAGGGGGUACAACUACUGGCUCCUGUAUCGUUUGCCCGAACUACCCGAUCCCAAUAAUGCACCUGGCAAUCAGCUGAUUGCACCAGUCGGUGUUGAUGAGCUCUUGGUCGAGGAUGGGGAACACUAUCUCUACUGGUAUAAAAAGCUGUAAGCUGUCUAAGCAAAACUCACACACAGCAAUACAAGUAAAAGAAAGAAAAUAGGUGGAAGAAGCAGAAAGCAUACUAUAGAAAAAGAUAAAAAUAUAAAAAUAAAAAAAUAAAAAAUUAAAAAAAAAAUUUUAAAAAUACAAAUAAAAAUAUACAUACAUACAAUAUACUGCUAUCAAUACCAAGAGGCCAUAAAUGAUAAAGCAAAUGCGAAUACAAAUAUAUACACCAACAUAUACAUAAAUUUACGAUAAAUACAGUUUAAGCAUAAAAACGAUUCUAAAAUUUAGAACAACAAAAACAAAAAGCGAGAAUAAAAAAACUACCAGAUAAUUAAUAAUCAAACCAAAGUUCCGCGCUUUAGCAAAGGCAAACGCAAAAUUCAAAUAGCAAAAGAAAUUAUUUUUAGAAAUAAAAAAUUAAAAGUGAAAAAAUGAGAAAAUAUAAUAUUAAAACACAAGAACCUUGACAUACAAAGAAAGGCAACAAAAAUGCCACUAAUAAAGUAAAAAUAAUAGUAAAAAAAAAUUGAUCAACGUGAUAAGGCAUGUGAAGGAUAACAAUAAAGAAGGUGCACAGAAGCACCACUUCACACACACAUCAACAUACACAAGCGCGAAAGCAAAGGAACAGACUUACUUCCACAUACAGAAAUACACAUAAAUACACACAUACAUACAUACAAGCACUCAUACAAAAUGGAAAUUAAUUAAUAUUAAAGAGAAAAGCAAGCAAAAUUGAACGUCCAUGUUAACUAAAUCCUGUCGUCGCUAUAAUAAUAAAGCACACAAUAAAACGUAUUACACACACCCGUCUGCAACGUGUAGGUGUAUUAAAAAUUGGUUGGAUUGUACAUAGGCGCCGAUAGGAGCUCUAUCUAACACAUAACCACAAUCACUUAUUUAAGUUUUUGGAGUGAAACUUCUUAGGCGUCGAUGGACGAGCGAGAAUGGAGAGUAAAAUUUCAAGGCCAUGCAACGUUUUGGGCAUUUUCGUUCCGCGAGAGAGAAAAAGAUAUAUUAUAGAGGAAAAGGGGAGAGAGAGCUCUUUAGGCUAUUUUUCCUGAGUUUUUCCUUGUGGUUGCUCAUUUCUAUUGAUAAACAACACUGCCUACUUUUUGGCGCUUGUUUGUUGAUGCAAACCAGUAGGAAAUAUAUUUUGGGUGCCUACUUUUUGGCGUUAUAUUUCCUUGGUGCCUACUGUUUGGGGCAAUUUUUUUGGCGUUUUUGUUUUUGGUACCUACUUUUUGGCGCUUAUUUCCUUUUCCUGGCUAGUGAUUGUGCGUACUAUAAAAUGCUAUCCAUUCCGGCGUCGGAUUUAUUGGUACUACCUUGCGGUAAUUUUAGCCGUUGCUGCGGUCCUAGAAUCGCUGCGCCCUUCUCGGUUUUUUGUAAAUUUUCUCUAUUUGUAUUUUCUGCAAAUGUUGUGAAUUUAUUUAGAUAUAUAUUAUUUCUCUCUCUCUCUCUCUCUCUCUCUCUCUCUCAUUCUCUCUCGGGUCUCUCCCACUUUCUUUGUCUGUCUUGUCACUUAUGUUACGCUACACGCACUUUUUUUCUAAUAAAUAUUCCGAAAGAGACUCAACAAACUCCGAGCUUAAACAACUCUCUCUACAUCCUGUCAUCGCUUGCGUUCAUAUGUACGAGGGUCGUUUGAAAAGUCCGUGAAAAGUCAAAGAGAUGGCACUACUAGCCCGGAUCGAGCUUAUAUUAGUUAGUAGCUUUUCUGGGAAGAACACACACCUAGAUUCAGCCAGAUCGGUAUAUUUCUUUGUGUUUGGAACUCGUUUGAAUCUAAAAUGUCGAGUGAUUUUCCUGUCCCAUCACGACAACACAGAAGCUAACACCUCAGCAGUUGUGGUCGCAAAAUUAAUGGAAAUUGGGUUCCAACUCGUUCCACAUCGCCCCUAUUCUCCAGACUUGGCUUCCUCGGAUCCUUCAAACUACUAUUUUACCAUCACGACAAGGCAACAACUCACGCCUCAGCAGUUGUGGACGCAAAAUUAAUGGAAAAGGGUUCUAACUUAUUUCACUUCGUCUCACUUCUCUAGAUUUGGUUCCUUCGCAUCCCUCGGACUAUUAUGGCUAUUUUUCAGACUUGGACAAAUGCUAUCAUUUGGAAUAGAUCAACAAACCAGAUUCUUGGACGAUAUGAAAAGAAGACCACCAAAAUAAAAAAGGUUUACUCCAAACAAUUAAGUUGUUAUUUUUGCAAGAACUCUUCAAACGACCCACGUACUACACAUAAAAUUCGCGCUCUCCGUAGCUUACGCAUGCAAUAUUGUUGUAGUUGCAGCAGAUCAUUUAAACCAUGUUUAGAAUCGUUACCCCAACAGCUAAGGUCGUCGGUUUCAUCUACAGGUAGCCUCUUGAAACGAGCUUUUUUGUCGGAAUCAAAAAACAAAACUAAACACGAAAGUAAUAUUAGAUGACCGGCUAACGAUUUUUAGCGCUUCUGUACUCUAAACGCGCGCACCGAGAAAGAGAGCAAGCUGUCAAAACGUAUUAAAACAGCCGAUGGAAGUCGAGUUUAGAGCUCUCGUCAUCACCGAAGAACUUGCUUAAUAGCUUCAACUUUUCUCUAUCUCCUACAAUUUGCUAUUCAUUGUAAACUCGACUUGCCGUCAAUCGAGCCAGACACUCUUUAGAGACUCAUAGAGCUGGUUGAAAUCUCUGAAUGUGAUUCCACAGUUUUGGCCCGCACAAGCUCUACAUUGCUCGCGACUUUUGCCUUGCAGUUUUAUUGAAAUCUUCGAAUAUCUUGGAAGUUAGCUUUUCAGCAUUUAGCCUCAACAAGACUAUGUGAUAUGCUCCUUUACCCUCCACUGUUUCAAAUUUCUCGAAUCACGUUUUUUCGAACGCAGCAUAUUUUCAAACGACUAUUUGAUGAAAUUUUUUCAUUAAUGUCUCCCUUCCACGCCCUUCUGGCACAAUAAACCCAACUACCGCAAAGAUUGUAGGCAGAUAAGAAUAAAAUUCGCUAUCAAUGUUUUCAUUGAGCCACAGAAUCUCCAUAUUGAGAGAGAGAGAAAGGAAACUCUAAACAUCCGAUAGCUACGGGAACUUUCUCUCAAUUAUUUGAGAAGAUUUUGCAGGUUGCUUAAAGCAGCCAUGUACAAAUGAUUCAGACCCAACUAGCAGACCUAGUUUGUUUGAGAUUUUUUUCGUCGUAGUCACUGGUCUGCAAUUCUCAGCAUACUUAUGACAAGUUUCAAAAUAAGCGAUGUGAGCAAAGUGAAUAUAAAUUUCAAAAAUUUCAUUCUCAAAACUAUUAGCGAUAUAGAAUCUGGUGGCAUAAUAGACACAAAUACGCGAUUGCCCAUACACUUAUACAUACAAACAACAAGUAAUGAAACGUUAACAGUGCAUGCAAAUUAAAAAGGCACUACGCGCAAUAAAAGCACCUAAUUUUGAUAACAUUUUAAGUUGAUAAAAAUCAGAAUAACGCGAGAAGCAAGUAAAAAGCGUGUUAGAGAUAUAAAAUAUUAAACAAAAAUUGCUUAAAUGCGAAGUAAAUAAUAUAUUUAUUUAAAUAAAUCAUAGGUAUGAUAUACUAUAUACGAUAAAACAACAAAAAAAUAUAUUCAAAAUUUAGCAAUUUAAGCAAAAUAUGAAUAUUCAGCAGCGAUAAGGAAUUAAAGUAUAAAAAACCGCAGCAUAAGCAAGCAAAAAAUAUUUUUUAUUAAACAAAAAAUAAGUAGCUAAAUGUUUAAGCGUUUAUUAAUUAAGCUAAAAUGCGCGAAAAAUAAAUAAAAAUUAGUUGUUAAAGGAAAAGCAUGCAAAAGAAUUUAUAAAAAAAAAAUAUUAUUUAUUUUUACUAUAAUUUUAUUUGCUCUAUUAGAUUUCAUUUAGACGUUAUUUUUCCGCACACAUAUUUUUGAAAACCA